AUGCCAGCCAUUGUAUCGCUAGAGCAUCCUGGCGCGUCGCCUUGCCUCGACUGCCUGCUAGCGCCACUACCUUUGGGCGUCACCCUACCUCUACUUCCUGAUCUCACCUCUGCCUACGAGGGCGUCGCCCAGACUAUCCUGGUGUCCUUGCCCAGGCCUCCCAAGUGUCGCUCAUACCUCGUCCAAGCCUCCUUGGUGUCGCAUAGACGCAUCCCUUGGCAUUGCCCAAGCCCCCUAGGCAUUGCUCCGACAACCACCCAGACCAACCCUGGCAUCAUUUGGGGUCUCCAUACUGCCCAAGCGUCCCCUAGCGUAGCCCAGCUUGCUCAUUUCGUUGGUGUCGCCUCAAUGCUCUUAGGGCAUCUUCCAUCGAUUCCCUAA